UUUUAACUCUGUUUAGUUCUCGAUUUCUAAUACUGACAUGCCAUUCUGAUCAUUUGGCAAAAUUGGAAAUCCUUUCCAUGUUUCGACAAUCUGGAAAAGGUGGCCAUUUUAAUGUAGUAAAGGAAGCUGUGGGGCUCAUUUCACUCUGAUGAUGACAAUGCUCUGACAGCAUUUAAUAUCAGUGCGCCUUCACAAAACUCUAUGUCCAUAAAAGUACAGACUUAAAAAAAAAGAUAAGACUCCUGCUGCCUGCCUUAAAGGCCUGCUGGGACAGUCCCCCCGCCCAUUUCUUUCCCUGUGUCCCUUGAUUGUUGUUUGUGGGACUUUUCCCCUGAGAAGGCAUUUGUUUCGAUUCACAGGUAGUGUCUGUGAUAGAAUAGAACUGCUUGACUCAUUUGGGGAUGAAACAUGUGACUCAACCCAGUUGGCAUCACCCUGGAACCUACAGCUACAUGCGAUAAAGCGACGCUGUGAGCACUUAAACUCUGCCUUCGCUUCUCAGUCCCGUUUAUUCUGUCACGAAUUUUGUUAAGAAUUUUCAUUUUGUUAAGAAGCAAUGUGGUAUGACUGGGAUAAGGAAGAAGAAGAAAAGCAUGUUGUCACUUGAGUGAGACUGCCUCAGAAAUGUUACCAAGUCAGGGUUGGGUGUUUCCUGUCCUUUGGAAGAGAACAGGCCUAAACAGUCCCUGCCUCAUCUUGGAAAGAGAGGCACCAUGAUUGAGAUGAUAGUGAUGCUCCCUUAGCUGACUUGUAAUCAAGUGCAAAUUCAAUUUUAAACAGAGCAAAAGGGUUGGAGUGGGGAAAGUGCUGUAUUUUUACAGGGUCUAUUUCACGUAAACUUUGUUUCCCGAAAAAUAUGAACCACCCAAAGAAUGAAAUUGGAAAGUCAGUGGGAGAAACAGCUAUAGAAUCAAAGACCUAUAUUUAAAUUUUCAACCUAGGUACCGGAUUUUGUGCACAUGAAUUAACUUCUUUAAGCCUGCAUUUCAUAUGUAAAAUAAGAAAACUUGAUCUUGUAAAACUAUUCUAAAGAUCAAAUAAAGGCUUUAAAGCAGGUAACCAUGUCUGGCCCAGGGUAGAUGCUUAAUGAAUGGCAGCUGUAUCAGUAAUAGUAACAAUAUUAUUGUAUACCAGGCCAAAGAAGAGAGAGAGGGACCUGGGGGGCACAGGGCAGGUGGUGAAAAGAUGGACUGAUUGAACUGUGUAUGAAAUAGGUCACAUUAGGCAGGGCGUCCUGAGAGAGUGUGACAGCGACCUUGUUGCUAAGUGCAAAAGCAAAACAGUGCCGUGAGGACAAGUACACGAGGCGCUGAGGAGGAGAGGGAUGGAGGCAGACGCCGCAGGACAAAAAGCCGAUUGAGAAGGGGCCUCUGAUGCCACGGGCGCAAAAAUCCACAGCCAGGAAUUCGCUGCAGCCUCUGAGCCAGGCCGGGGGUGGGGGUGCACAGUCCUGUUAGGAGAGAGAUGCCCAGUGCAUUUGGCCCGCGAGGCACAUUUCUGAUUGGGACCAGUGUAGACAGACCCAGCUCCCUCGUUUGCUGGGCCUGGCCGUUAGUUAGGGGAUGGCUGUCGCGGAGCAUUCGCUGCUGCCCCCCCACCGCCGGGACCUGUGUAGCCGCUCCAUCUGGCUAGCACGGAAGAUCCGUUCAGACCUGACUGCUCUGGUGGACUCUUACAUGAAGCAUCAGGGUCUGAACGGGAACAUGAACCUGGACACUCUGGAAGGCGUGCCGACAGCCAGCUCCAGCAGAUGGAGCGAGCUGACUGAGGCAGAACGGCUCCAAGAGAACCUCCAGGCCUACCGCGCCUUCCACGGGAUGUUGGCCCGGCUGUUGGAAGACCAGCGGGCACACUUCACCCCGGCCGAAGACGACUUGCACCAGGCGAUACACGCCGUCCUCCUCCAGGUGGCGGCCUUCGCGUACCAGCUGGAGGAGUUGAUGGCGCUGCUGGAGCACAGGGUGCCCCCCAGGGAGGCCGGCGGGCCGCCCCUUCUCCCUGGGGACGCUGGUCUCUUUGAGAAGAAGCUGUGGGGCCUAAAGGUGCUGCAAGAGCUUUCUCGGUGGACGGUGAGGUCCGUGCAUGACCUGCGGACCAUCUCUCGACAAAGUGGGGUCCCCACACGUGGGAGCCAUUGUGCCACCAAGGACAAGAAAAUGUAGCAGUUAUGCUCCCUCUCACUUGCUUUCUCUCCUGACGAAAUAGACACUGUUCUCUGAGGCCUCAGUUCCCCAGUCUUAGCUUUGAAAACCUCUAAAACCACAGCCAUUUUCACAGGGUUGGAGACAUGGACAGAUGGGCAUACAGGUUUAUUCUGGGGUGAGUGUCUGUACGUGUGUGUGAGCGUGUGCCAUAAAGGAAUGAUGGGCACACAGGUUUAUUUUAGGGUGUGUGUGUGUGUGUGUGUGUGCAUGUGCCAUAAAGGAAUGAUGGGUACACAGGUUUAUUCUGGGGUGAGUGUCUGUACGUGUGUGUGAGCAUGCCAUAAAGGAAUAAUGGGCACACAGGUUUAUUCUGGGGGGGGUGUGUGUGCGUGUGCGUGAGCAUGCCAUAAAGGAAUAAUGGGCACACAGGUUUAUUCUGGGGUGCGUGCGUGUGUGUGUGUGCACGCGUGUGCCAUAAAGGAACGCGGGCAGGGGCAGCAUCCCCCUACCGCAGUGCUCCCAUCUUUUCUACCCACUCAACAAUCUCUGCUGGCGUGUAACAGCCUCACAGGAUAAAUAUAGUUUUUAACUCCAGUCGUGGAUGACUCUUCUGAGAAGACUGAAAGAGUGAAUUAAAAAUCAUGGACUCUCACCAGUUCAGACUCUCGGAUAAUAAAG